UGGUUGUAACAGGGGCAGGUUGUAACAGGGCGAAUAGUUCCACGACCAGCCACAAGAGCGUAUCAUCGUUUCAGCCAUCAAGGCACAUUAUGAUGCCUUCAGUGCGAGUGGUAACACUGUGGCAGUCGGACGAUUUCACUGGCGACAAGAAGGAAAAAUUUGUUUUUGGACGAGAUGCGUAACUACAAAAGAAAAACCGACAAAGGAAAAUAUUCUAUUGACAUGUUGGAGAAAGCAGCUGAAGUUGUAAGAGAAGGAAGAUCUGUUAGGCAUGCUGCGAAAACGUACAACAUCUGCCAUGUGACACUUGGGAGGUACAUAAAAAAGAAAAACAAACGUUUAAAUGCAGUCGAUAUUAAUUUUCGAGAGGAGUGGAAACCUUUGGCUGGUUAUUAUGGGAACAGACAGGUAUUUACACCUUUGCAAGAGAUCGCUCUUGUUUCCUACAUAAAAACAUGUUCUGACAUAUAUUUUGGACUCACUCCACGUGAUGUACGUCAUCUUGCAUUCUUAUGUGGGAAGAAGUAUAAUGUUCCCAUGCCAAACACAUGGAGUGACAAAGAACUAGCAGGUGCAGAUUGGCUCUCUUCCUUUUUAAAGCGCCACCCAGACCUUUCCAUUCGGACUCCAGAGGCAACUAGUUUGGGAAGGGCUUCUAGUUUUAAUCGUGCCAACGUUUCCAAAUUUUUUGACAAACUCUCUGAAGUUUAUGAUCGCCAUUCUUUCACAGCUAAUGACAUUUGGAAUGUAGAUGAGACCGGGGUCACUACUGUCCAGAAUCCUUCAAAAAUCGUAGCAAGAAAGGGGGUAAAACAAAUUGGAGCAAUGACAUCAUCUGAACGAGGGCAGUUAGUUACUCUAACUGUAGCAGUAAAUGCUGCUGGAAAUGCUAUCCCUCCUAUGUUUAUUUUUCCUAGGGUAAGGUAUUAUGAUCACUUCAUCAGAGAUGGUCCAACUGGAUGUAUAGGUGCUGCAAAUAAGUCUGGCUGGACUACGGAGGUAGAGUUCUUGCUUUUUCUUAAGCAUUUUGUUUCUUGUAUUCGUUCGAGCCCAGAGAAACCUAUCCUCCUCCUUCUAGACAAUCAUCAGUCGCAUUUAGCUCCUGACUGUUUAGAUUUUGCCAAAGAAAAUGGCAUUGUAAUGCUAUCGUUCCCACCUCACUGCACUCAUCGCCUUCAGCCACUUGAUCGAAGUGUUUUUGCCCCACUCAAAAAACAGAUCAAUAGGUUUGCGAGCAGCCUGUACGGCGAACAGCUGAGCGCGGCUUCCGGCGGCACCAGGUGUCGCGGUGUUGCCUGCGUGUGCGUGCAGCGCUGCCGGCUGCGAGUGGCUGCCGCGACCAGAGACCGCGACUCACACCAGGUGUUCCCCGGGGAACACAGCACCUUGCCCUUGCCUUGCCGGGAAGCACCGUCCAUGGGCCGACACGGAGACGUAGUUUUUUUUUGA